AAAAAUUGAUAGAAAAAUCUUCCAGUACAUAUUUUCAAAAAGCCCUGCGUUUUGCUGAAUUGUCAGUUUUGCUUUUUGCCAAAAAUUAUAAAACAUUCUCACCUUUUAACAAAAUUUUUUGCAAAAGAAAUACCAAAAGCCUACCCUUUUUUCAAAAAUUGUCCAAGUCUCACUUUUUUAUUCGAAAUUGCCGAAGAGUUUUCCUUUGUAAAAAAUUGUCGAAGUCUCGCUUUAUUUUACCAAAGUUAGGUUUUUUUGCCAUUUGCAAAAUUCUCUCUUCGUUGACAAAAAUUGCCAAAACGUCUCGGCUCGCUUUUUGAACUUUUCAAUUGGCAAUGUUCUGUUUUUCUUUGAUAAUUCUUUUCUGCAUGGUUACUUUUUCUAUAGCUUUUUUGAAUUGAAGUUACUUUUUUGAGGAAAAAAUUGAGUACGAGCCCUGUAUGAAGAGUUUAGAACUUGGAAGAUUGAAACCUGUAAAAGGCAUCAUCUCGGAGGUGGCUGGCAGGAGGAGUCUAAAAUAGGAAAGUUUUAUCUGCCUGGAAUGGGAUGGCGAUGACCUGGUAUGAUCAGGGCCAGCGUGAGACAAAUUUCGGAAAGACCUCCGGCGCAAAAAACAUCUCCGUGUCAAAAAAGUUUUUUUGGAAAUAUCUAAAGAUUAGCAUAGGAGCCCAAUGAAUCUGUGGCGAGAUGUAUCGGUCGAGGACGCUGUUAUUCAUUUUGUGGAUUCAAGUCUUCGGUGUACCCUAAUGCUCUUUAAUACAAACAAAAUUUCAUUCAAUUUGAUGAAAAUAUUAUGAGGCAAAAUAUACCUCUUAUGGUACAUUGAACAUCGAUGGAUAUAGGGAGCAUAAUCACCACUUCACACCUACACCUUGAAUAAAGGUUGACUGACUCACCAAAUUGCGUCGUGAAAAUUUACACUUGACAAUUUCUGGCCUCUCAGAAUUUCUCAAGAGCUUCUUUUAGUAUUUUUUUUUCUUACGUCAUGAUGAUCGAAAAAAUUCCCCAUGUUUGAGUUUAUCAAAUUGUGUUUUUCCUUAUUUGAAGUGUACACGAUGAUUUGAAAUUUUCUUAUGUAUCUGCACUAACCUUCUGGAAUUGAAAACAUAACACUCGAUUCUUCGAAUUUAUACCUAUGUACUUUGGCUGAACGCAAGAUGCACGUUUUAUCAUUCAUUACUGGCAUUAACCUUCGUAUAAAAUGGCGAACGUGAUUGUUCAUUGAUCAAAUUUUAGUUCGAUUGUAUUCAUCCUUUCUUUUUUUUACGACUGAUUUUAACGUGUUCUCUGAUAGGGGAGUCUUUUUUUCUUAUGUCAAGUGCCGCAGUUCUACUUGAUAAUUUUUUUUUAAAUUUUCAAUGCUGAGAGGUAAUUUAACCAUUUCUCAAUUUACCUCAUACAUAUGUAUUGUGAGAAAAAGAAGAAAGUUUCAAGGGAUGAUACCCUAUCUUAAACACUUAUGUAAGCACUAUAUCUAGCCUUGUUCUUUUAUCAAUUCUUCUUAUGAUGUAUACCUUCCUACAAUAAACGAAUAACACGUAAAUUCGAGCCAACUUAUGCUAUAUAAAUUAUUACAUUUGUUAAAAAUGAUGAUGAGGUAGACUGCGAAUCCCGCUCAUGAGUUCAAUAACGAAAUUCUUGUAUUCUACGCGCGGCUUGUAAUCGAUUUAAAAUUCGUGUCGCAUCGCGAAAAUCCAAUAUUUAUGGUUGUUUAUGAAUUCAAGCCGUCUGUUUGGGGUAUUAGUGUUAAAGGUUGAUGUCAAGCUGCGGAUAUUAUAGUCGAGCUAAUCAGCUUCAAGUGUUCAUUAGUGUACAAGUGUUGUGUGGUGUGCGCGAAAGUGAUCUUUUCCCCUUUUUUUUUGUUUGGUCGAAGAUCGUCUAGAUACUCUUUUUGCUGUAAAAAACCUACAUUUUCGUUAGUAAAUUCCUAUGGUGAUCAUGGGUGUAAGUCACGAAAAUGAUGACGAACAACAACGCAACGUCUUAGACGCAAAUCUCGAGUUGAAAACGCUGGCUAAGGUCGAGCUACGUGAAGAUGAUGAGACUCGUGCUCAUGCUUUGGCAACGAUGCGAGAAUGGAUAGCAAAACAUCCGGAUAUUAUCAAUUGUCGCACGGAUGCACCAUUUUUAUUGCGUUUUCUACGUACGAAAAAAUUCAGCAUAUUGCAAGCGCAAGAAAUGCUCGAAAGAUAUUUAAUCAUUCGCGAGAUUUAUCCCAAUUGGUUCCGUCAGCUCGAUGUACUGGAUUCGACAAUAUCGGAUAUUCUGGACAAUGGGUAUUUGGUACCAUUGUUGGAACGAGAUGAAUUUGGAAGAUGUGUAAUUUUUUCGAAUGCCGGUCGAUUUGAUCCGUACAAACAUACAGCAGCUGAUAUGGCUCGAGUUCAUUCGUUAGUUGUCGAAAGUCUCAUGGAUGAUGCUGAAAAUCAAAUUCGAGGCUAUUCGUACGUGAAUGAUGAAUCUGGUUUGCUUAUGGGUCAUAUUACCAUGUGGUCAUUGACAGAUAUCAGAAAUAUGACACGAUGUAUACAAUAUUCCACGCCGAUGCGUCAUAAAUCAACUCAUUUAAUUAAUAUUCCUCCAUAUGCCACAAAAGUAUUUGAAUUUGUCAACAGUCUUCUCAGCGAUAAAUUGAAAAAUCGAUUAAUGUUUCAUUCCAACAUAGAAGAAUUACACAAUUCCAUUAAUCCAAAAAUUUUGCCUAAAGAAUAUGGCGGUGAAGUGCCUUUAGCUGAUAUGAUCAGUGAACUAAAAAAGAAAUUGCUCGCUAAAAGAGAACAAUUACUAGCCUUAGAUGAUAUGAAAAUCAAUGUGAAUAAAAAAGGUAAAAUUUUGUCCGAUUUCAAUGAUAACCAAACUGGUUUAGAAGGUUCGUUCAGGAAAUUGGAAGUCGACUAAUUAUUAUUGAAAAAUCGCAAUUUGUAUUUUUUUUUUUUUUUUUGUUAUAUCUUGUAUUAUUUUUAUUCUAUAAUAAUUAUUUUUUUUAAAUUAAAUUUUAACAUAAC